AUGGCUCUAUUUGAGGGUGUGUAUCUUGGAGACAUGAAAGAAUGGAUAUUUGCUGAGACAUUUUUAGGCAAGAGACGUGCCAUCAUUAAAUGCUGCAUACCUGAAACACUAAGGGUUUUUGAUGGCAUGAGUGAUGCCAAAAUGGAGGGUGUCUUGGAGCUUAGAGCCAUGACAGAAUGGAUGUUUCUGAGAUACUCAAUUACAGUGGUUUAUCAGCAAUCCAUUGGAGCCGUAUGUAUCCUGGAUUGGCCCAAGGAGAGAAUGCUUGUUCAGGUUCUUGAUGAUUCUGAUGAAGUAGAUACCCAGCAUCUUAUCAAGGCAGAAGUGCAUAAAUGGCAACAAAGGGGUGUUAGGAUAAUAUACAGGCACCGGCUUAUUAGAACAGGCUACAAGGCAGGGAAUCUUAAAUCAGCAAUGGGCUGUGAUUAUGUUAAGGAUUAUGAGUUUGUGGCAAUAUUUGAUGCUGAUUUUCAGCCAACACCAGAUUUCUUAAAGAAAACAGUGCCUUAUUUCAAGGGAAAGGAUGAUCUGGCAUUAGUCCAGGCAAGAUGGGCAUUUGUAAACAAGGAUGAGAACUUGCUAACAAGAUUGCAGAACAUCAAUUUGUCUUUCCACUUUGAGGUGGAACAACAGGUGAAUGGCAUCUUCAUUAAUUUCUUUGGUUUCAACGGAACUGCUGGUGUGUGGAGAAUAAAGGCCCUUGAGGAAAGCGGUGGUUGGUUGGAGAGAACAACUGUUGAGGAUAUGGAUAUUGCUGUUCGUGCUCAUCUCUGUGGAUGGAAGUUUAUAUUCCUCAAUGAUGUUAAGUGUCUUUGUGAACUUCCAGAGACCUAUGAGGCAUAUAAGAAACAACAACACCGCUGGCAUUCUGGUCCAAUGCAAUUGUUUCGCUUGUGUUUUUUCGAUAUACUUCGUUCGAAGGUUAGUUGGGCAAAGAAGGUCAAUUUGAUCUUUCUUUUCUUCCUCCUGAGGAAGCUUAUCCUGCCAUUUUACUCAUUCACCCUAUUCUGCAUCAUUCUUCCUUUGACCAUGUUCCUUCCCGAAGCUGAACUCCCAGCCUGGGUUGUUUGUUACAUUCCUGGAGUUAUGUCCCUCCUAAGUGUUCUCCCAGCUCCACGGUCAUUUCCAUUUAUAGUUCCUUACCUUCUUUUUGAGAACACUAUGUCGGUAACUAAGUUUAAUGCCAUGAUAUCCGGAUUAUUUCGCUUUGGUAGUUCUUAUGAGUGGGUGGUUACAAAAAAGUUGGGAAGAUCAUCAGAGACAGAUUUGAUUGCCUUCGAGAAAGAAUCUGAACCUUUAAUGCGAUCUAAUAGUCUCCAGAGAUCAAGCUCAGAUUCGGGCCUUGGGGAACUAAGCAAACUAGGAUUGUCAAAGAAAACUGGGAAGACAAAGAGAAAUCGUCUCUUCAGGAAAGAACUUUAUCUUGCAUUUAUUUUAUUGGCUGCCUCAGUUAGAAGCUUACUAUCUGCCCAAGGAAUUCACUUCUACUUCCUAAUGUUUCAAGGGAUAAGUUUUCUGGUUGUUGGUCUUGAUUUGAUUGGAGAGCAGGUUAGUUGA